AUGCCCGUCGAACUUCGCAAGCGCAAGGCGCCUGCCGCUCCUCCCCCUCCUCCUGUGAAGAGAAAGGCGUCUGCCAAGAACGUCAAAGCCGCUGCUAAGGUGAAGGAGGCUGCUACCAAGGUCGCAGAGAAGAAAGAACCUGAGAAGGCCGAGGAGCUCAAGGAGGAGACCAAGGAAGAGAAGAAGACCGAGGAAGAGCCCAAGGCUGAAGAACCCAAGGCUCAGGAGUCCAAGAAGUCAAGCGGCAAGGUUGAGGUUGGCGAUGUUGUGGACCUUGAUGACUUUGGCGGCGAGAUCGAGACCAAUGAUGGUGAGAAGACAACAUUGAAGAAGCUCAUUGAUGAGAGCAAGUCGGGUGUUGUCCUCUUUACUUAUCCAAAGGCAUCCACCCCGGGCUGCACCAAGCAGGUCUGCUUCUUCCGCGACUCAUAUGAGCCACUCACCAAGGAUGGCCUGGCCAUCUACGGUCUUAGCACCGACUCCCCCAAGGCCAACACCACUUUCAAGGAGAAGCAAAAGCUUCCAUACCCUCUAUUGUGCGACCCCAAGGCGACACUGAUCGGUGCGAUUGGCCUCAAGAAGGCCCCCAAGGGAACAACGCGCGGCGUUUUUGUCAUCGACAAGGAGGGCAAGGUUCUGGUCGCUGAGCAAGGAAGCCCACAGGGUACUCUUGACCGCGUGCAGGCACUUGUUGAUGAGCUGGCUAGCAAAUAA